AUGCCUGUACCUGCCAGCGCUACAGUGGGGACGGCUGUAGCUGAUAAAGCUGGAGCAGAAGAGAAGGCUGUAGCAGGUCAGGCAGUAGCAGCCAAAGCUGCAGCUGACAAGGCUGUGACAGAUGAGGCUGUAGCAGAAGAGAAGGCUGCAGCAGAGAAGGUUGUAGCAGAGCAGGCUGUAGCAGGUCAGGCUGUACCAGAGCAGGCUAUACCAGGUCAGGCUGCAGCAAAUCAGGCUGUAGCAGGUCAGGCUGUAGCAGCCAAAGCUGCAGCUGACAAGGCUGUAGCAGAAGAAAAGGCUGCAGCAGAGAAGGUUGUAGCAAAGCAGGCUGUAGCAGGUCAGGCUGUAGCAGCCAAAGCUGCAGCUGACAAGGCUAUGGCAGAUGAGGCUGCAGCAGAAGAAAAGGCUGCAGCAGAACGGAAGCAGCAGCAGCAGCAAGGCAUGGGGAAGGAGGAGGAGGCAGCUAAGCAUAAAGAACAGCAGCAGGGCAGGGAGAAGGGCAGGGGGCGGCAGACGUCAUACCUCCCUUUGGAGCUAGUGGUGCCGGUGCUGCCACUGCGGCACGUGCUCUUUGCCUCGCUGCUCCCCUCGCUGCUCUCCCGCCUUGACUGCCUGCUCACUGCCCGGGACAUCCGACGGUUCCUUGUGCGGCAGUAUGGGUGUGGUGUGGAGGAUCCGCAUUUUCCUGCUAUUGAUCUCCUGCGUGCCCUGACAUGCCCCGGCACAAACAAGAGCGGAGUGGGCACGUACAAGAGCAGCGAGCUCCUGCGCGCCCUCACCUGCCCCGGCACAAACGAGAGCAGCGUGGGAACAUACGAGUCAGAUGAGGUGCUUGGUGACAGCUGCGUGCAGCUCACCUGCUCCUGCCGCCUCCCUAAAGCCCUUCUCGACUCUGCCUUUGCCUCGCUGGCAGCGGCGCGGGCAACAGCCGCCGCCAAGUCAGCGUGCCAGCUGGACAAGAAGGUGCUCGCUGACGUGGCAGAGGCCCUGGUGGGUGCCAGCUGGCGCUGCGGUGGCGCUGACUUGGCGCUGCCGAUGCUGAGGUGGCUGGGCCUUCCUACGGAGGGUGUGGGGGAGUUGCUGAGGGGAGAGAUGGGGUGCGGAGGGGGAGGGGCGACGAGGUUGGUGGAGGGAAGCGUAGAGGGGGUGCAGAAAUUAGGAGAGGUACUGAGAGCUGCUGCAGAUUCAGAUGUGGCACUAGGAGCGAAAGUAGCAGCAGCAGCAGCAGCAGCAGCAGCAGUGGCAGCAACAGAGGCAGCACGAGGGAAACCGGAGCAAAGGGUGAGUGGCAGCAAGCACGCAUUGGAGCCAGCUAGAGGGCCGUCCCUGCUGCCGCUUCAGCCGCCAGAGAAGCGACUCAAGUUGCUAGAAGGGGAGUGCGUGCAGCAGCAGCAGCAGCAGCAGCAGCAGCAGCAGCAUCAGCCGUCUCAAAAAACUGGUUGGCUGUGGGAGCUUCAGAAUGCGAUGGGGUAUCAAUUCCAAAAUGAGGGGAUACUGAGGGAGGCAAUACGGGAGGAGGAGUUGACGUGGGAGAGGCGGUUUGUGUUCCUGGGGGAAGCUGUGCUGGACUUUCUUGUCAUGCACCACUUGGUGCGAGCAACAUCUGGAGCACCACAUGGUUCUCCUGCCACGUCAUCGCAUGCCACGUCAUCGCAUACCACGUCAGCGCAUGCCACGUCAGCGCACGCCGCCACGUCAUCGCUCGCCGCCCGGCUGUCCCCGCACCAGCUGACAGACCUGCGCAAGGCGGAGAUUUUCUCGGAGAGGUUCUGCCAGCUGGCGGCGCCCAGUGGGCUGCUGCGAUUGCCCACACACAUUCCUCUUGCUUCAACAUUCUACAACACUGUUCACAAUUCCCCUCCCCUCUCCCCUCCUCUCCCCCCUCCUCUCUCCCCUCCUCACUCCCCUCCUCUCUCCCCUCCUCUCUCUUCUCCUCUCUCCGCUCCUCUUCUUUCUCCUCUCUCCUCCUCUCUCCCGUCCUCUCUCCCCUCCUCUCUCCGCGCCUUUCUCUCCUCCUUUCUCCCCUCCUCUCCCCCCUCCUCCCUCCCCUCCGUUCCCCGUCAGGACGACGUCUCUGAUCUAAUCAAGGCCCUCACAGCAGCAGUUUUCCUCGAUUCCACUCCUCCAAACACCGCUCCCACCGCACUCAACCCCCGCUCACCUCCCCCUCUCCAUCCCUCAUGCCCUCUCGCCCGGACGUGGCAAUUCGUUUCCUCCUGGCUAUCCCCUAUCCCUCUGUUGCAUCCCCUCUCCCUCCAUCCUCCCUCCGCCCUGCUCCUCUUUUGCUGUGCCCUCUCCCUCCCCGCCCCUAUUUACCUGCCCAAGGCUCAGGGGAGUGGGGGAGGGGGGGGGCAGUCAGGGGUGCAGUGGAGGGAGGAGUGGGGGAAGGAGUUGGGAAGAGAGUGGGGGAAAGGGGUGAAAACGGCGGGCGAAGGAAAAGGGGCGUGGAAGGAUGAGGGGGGUGGGGAAAGAAACGGGGGCAUGGUGUGUGGAAGGGAUGUGGAAGGUGAAGGAGGGGAGGAUGGGGAGGGCAGAGUGGAAAAUUGGCUGCGUGAAAUGGGCGUGGGGGAAAGAGGAGGAGGGGAGGGGGAGGAGGGGGUGGUGGUGGAAGUGGAGGUGAGAGGAGUGGUGAUGGGGGAGGGGUGGGGGGUGGAUGAUGUUGCAGCAACGGUGGAGGCAGCUGCUGGCGUGCUGAGAAGAGCUAUUGUGAGUGUGAUGCACAGAUCAACGGUGGAGGCAGCUUCUAGAAUGCUAAGGAGGACCAAGACUGUGCAGGGCUUUCGGCAGCUGUACCAGGAGGGGGAGGGAAUGCUCGUGCUUCCCGUGUCUCCUUGCUUACCUUCUUCCCACUCCCUCCUCCUUGCUGCCUCCCAGACUGUGCAGGGCUUUCGGCAGCUGUACCAGGAGAGGGAGGGAAUGCGCUUGCUGGGGGGAAUGAGGGCCGCAUGGGAGGCCCAGGAAGAGAAAUCCGGGGCGGGGGAAGCGGAGGGAGGAAAGGAGGGGGAAGUGGGGAAGGAGGCAGGAGGAGGAGAAGGUGUAGCAGGGAUGGAGGAAGUUCGGCCUGAAGGUAGCUUGAAAAGUGGAGAGAAUAAUGAUUGUAAUGGUGGGCAUAAAAGGGCAGGAGGGAAGAAGAGGAAGCGUGGGAAGUCUGGAAAGGGGGUGGCAGCAUCAGCUGCUGGAGCAGGAGCAGUGGAAGGGGAGUCUGCGAUAGGUUUGGCCGCCCCGGACGCGCUGGAUGGGUUCCGAGGCAAUCCGCCCAAGGUGGGACAAAUGUUGGGUGCGCCUCUGCUGCGCGCUGCUCUCGCUGCUGCUGCUGCUGCUUCUGCUGCUGCUGCUGCUGCUGCUGCUGCUGCUGCUGCUGCUGCUGCUGCUGCUGCUGCUGCUGCUGCUGCUGCUGCUGCUGCUGCUGCUGCUGCUGCUGCUGCUGCUGCGGCUGCUGCUGCUGCUGCUGCUGCUGCUGCUGCUGCUGCUGCUGCUGCUGCGGCUGCUGCUGCUGCUGCGGCUGCUCCUCCUGCUGCUGCUGCGGCUGCUCCUUCUGCUGCUGCUGCUGCUCUAGCUGCUGCUCCUGCUCCUGCUCCUGCUGCUCCUGCUGCUGCUCCUGCUGCUGCUGUUGCUGCUCCUGUUGAUCCUGCUGCUGCUGCUGCUCCUACUGCUGCUGCUGCUGCUGCUCCUGCUCCUGCUCCUGCUGCAGCUCCUGCUCCUGCUCCUGCUCCUGCUCCUGCUCCUGCUCCUGCUCCUGCUCCUGCUCCUGCUCCUGCUGCUGCUGCUGCUGCUGCUGUUGCUUCUUCUGUUGCUGCUGGGGAUGUGCCAAUGGAUGGUGCAUCCACUGAUGGCGGUGUAUUCAACGGUGGUGAUUCAAGCGUUGGUGGCUCUACCAGUGCUGCUUGUGGUGGUAAUGGUGGGUGUGCGAGACCUGCUGGUGGUUACAUCUCUCAACCUGGUGGUUGGAACACUUGCGCUCUCAGGUGUGUAUAUCUUAAGUAA